UAUGUGGUAUACGGGGUGUUGAAAUGGGCAGUCGACGGGAUCACAUCACCGUCCAAAACAAAAACAGACGUUCCGGACCAGUUCUCAAAGGAGAACAUACUGACUGUAGCAUUGUUGUUGGAGAAGCCCGAAUUUCAUUUUGUCCUUAAGCUCUGAUGACUCAUCAUGGUCAUUUUAUGAUUCAUUACAGUAAAUAUAUUACAUAUUGGUCCUUUUAAAGGCCUCAACAGAGUCAGCCUGUCGGAUGUCUGCACUGCAGAGUCACGUCGUCGUACAACAUUGUAUUUGAUAGUUGAGAAGCCGCGCUCAUAAAUCAAUCCUGGCGCCCUCAUAAAGCCCAAUCAUAGACCCACAUUCCUCCUGCUGCAGCACCAUCGUGUGUCUCCGGUAUGACAAACGUGAAACUCCUUAACUUCUUUCUCAGUUUAUUUCUAAUUCCGUGUAUUGAUAAAGUGUCACGGUUCAUGGAAACGGCUCGACCCUUGUAUGUACAGUAUGUAGCAGCUCCACCCACGGACCUCCAUGCACUGUGAGGCCUCACUGACUGACACUGAUAUCUGUCAAAGGAUCCCUCACAGGGAGGCUACUGUGCAAGGUUUCUGCACUCAGUGCAGAGUCAUAGCGCCCUCCUGUGGAAGGGAGGGUAAUCAUGACCCCCCAUCGCCCACGAGCAUUCCUGCACAUCCCUCCCUGCUGAGAGGAGACUUAAACCAAUUUCCUAAAUAAUCUUAUCCUUCUCCCAACUUGGUGAUUAUCACUGACAACAACCAGUUUAAAUAAGGCGACAAAAAGAGACGAGUGAUGAUGAUGAAGUGAGGGAACGAGGGAGAAAGAAGGGAGGGAGGGGAGGAGGGUGAGAUGGGGUUGGGGGGGGAGGCUCAGAGCACCAAGCUGUUGUAUUAAUCUGCAAAUUUUCUCAGAUGACGCAAAGACUGUGACUUCGCCUCCCGUCCCCUCUCCCUCUUCAUCUCCUCAUCCCUCCUCUCUUCCGUGUCUCUCCCGAUGCCUCGCUCUUGUCGGAUGGGAGACAUCGACACACAGCAGGCAGGAUGACAAACCAGUCGACAGCCAAUCAGUCCAACGCAAAGGAGAAGGAGAAAGAAGGAAGCCAGCGAGAUGACAACACAGACGUUGCGUAUAAAGAUGCAGGCCACUGCAGCCGCAACACCCACAACCUACUGCUGGGACUCACUGUUUUGGGUGUUGUCAUGGGAUCGGUGUUUGGGGCGCUUCUGCGGUACAUGAUGGUGAAGGACAUGUCCGCCCUCACUAUGGUUUCCUUCCCUGGAGAAAUCCUCAUGAGGAUGCUGAAGAUGCUCAUCCUGCCUCUAAUCAUCUCCAGCCUCAUCACGGGGCUGGCUGGUCUAGACGCCCGCUCCAGUGGCAGGAUGGGUAGUAGAGCCAUGGUGUAUUACAUGACCACCACUGUAAUCGCCGCCAUCCUCGGGGUCAUCCUGGUGUUGGGGAUCCACCCGGGGAAUCCCAAACUGAGGGGAGGAGGAAGCUCGUCAAGCUCAGCCCCAAAGAACCAGGAGGUCAGCAGUCUGGAUGCUUUACUCGAUCUGAUCAGGAACCUCUUCCCUGAGAACCUGGUGCAGUCCUGCAUCCAACAGGUUCAGACCGUGCUGAAAAAGGUGCCGGUUGCAGCACCAAACCAAACUGAUCUCAUCUUAGUGAGCAGGAAGAAACUGGAGUACAAAUGGGGCAUGAACGUCCUCGGCUUGAUCGGCUUCUUCAUCACCUUUGGGAUCUGCAUGGGAAGGAUGGGCGAGCGAGGGAAGGUCAUGUGCGACUUCUUCAACAUCCUCAACGAGAUCAUCAUGACGAUGGUUUCCAUGAUCAUGUGGUACUCUCCUAUCGGCAUCGCCUCCUUGAUCGCGGGGAAGAUCGCGGCCAUCGGGGACCUGGAAGUGGUGGCCAGGCAGCUGGGCAUGUACAUGGUGACCGUCAUUGUGGGCCUGGUGAUCCACGGCGGCUUGAUCCUACCCGCUAUAUUCUUCGCUAUCACCAGAAAAAGCCCCUUUACUUUCUACCAUGGGAUCUUUCAGGCUUGGAUCACAGCUCUGGGCACUGCUAGCAGUGCAGGAACGCUACCCGUCACUUUCCGCUGCCUGGAGGAAAACCUGAAGAUUGAUAAGCGUGUGACGCGCUUCGUGCUGCCCAUAGGGGCCACCAUCAACAUGGACGGCACUGCGCUGUACGAGGCCGUGGCAGCCAUCUUUAUCGCCCAGAUGAAUGACAUCUCCCUGGACACCGGACAGAUCAUCACUGUCAGUAUGACUGCCACCCUGGCCAGUGUUGGAGCUGCCAGUAUUCCCAGUGCUGGACUGGUUACCAUGCUGCUGAUCCUGACCGCUGUGGGGCUGCCUACUCAGGACAUCAGUCUGCUCAUCGCUGUCGACUGGCUGCUUGACAGAAUGCGUACCUCCAUCAAUGUGGUGGGUGACUCGUUCGGCGCCGGGAUCGUGGACCACUUGUCGAAGGCGGAGCUCGCCGAAAUUGACGCAGCAGAAUUUCAAAUGCUCCAUCCAGAGGAAGAGCUUGAUUUCAUCCCUCCGCCCCCGAUCCUCACGGAGAUGGACCUGAUGGACCCCUUCAAACCGCCCGAUCUGCCACCCCGCUCCCCUCGCCCUCCCAAACAAAACCAUCACAGCCACGUUAGCUCCCAGUCCCAAUCCAUCGCUUACUCUCCGUCCCGUUCUGUCCGAUCUCCAUCACCUCGCUCCAUCCGCUCUCCCUCUCCGCGUUCCGUCUGCUCCCACUCCCCCCGGCCUUUCCGUUCUCAUUCACCACGCGUCCUCCGCAGGACGGAGGCGGGCUACUGUGCCCUGCCCAGCCAUGAUAACCAGAUUCCCACAAUGCCUCGCUCCUACAGAGAGAGAGACAGGGAGCGGGGGCGUCUGGCGCGAGAGAGUGAAACCGAAGAGGAGGACGAGAGAGUUUUGGGCUUAGCAAGCGACGGCGAGGAGAGCGAUGACACUGCUUAUGAUCGGAGGCACGGCAUGCCGCCAAGCGACCUGCCAUGAUUGGAUCUUUACCGCCAAAAAGCUUCCCCAUCGAUUAGUUCCCGUUUUACGACAGCUUUUUCGAGGUCCACAGUGGAUUUCCGGCUGGUUACAUUGCUACUUCUCUUAGGUGUAUUUUAGUAAUCGAUAAGCUCACUUUGAGCUUGAUAUGUAUAGAUAUUCAAAUGUUGAGGUGGCCCUUAAAACCAGGCCUGAGACUUUUGCUCUUUGGUUUGCAAAGCAGAGCUUAAAUGGAGAGUUGUUUCCCUGGUUUACUCAUGUCUCCAUCACUGUCUUGAUUUCAUGACCAAACUUUAAAUGCUCCCGUAUGUCUGAACGUCCUUAAAUUUGCCUGAUAGGAGAGAAAUUGUGAGUCUGCUCUCGAUGAGAAAAGUAUCUUGGUGUUCCCGGCCUUUUAACGCACAACCAGUUAUUAGUUGAUCCUUUACCUUUGCUCAACUCUUUUCCUCUACUUUUUAUUUUCCUGGCAGGAAGUGAAAAUUAUCAAACUUAAAGGAAUAGUUCCACAAUUUUGAGAAAUACGCUUAUAGGCUUUUUUGGAGAGCGUUGGAUGAGAAUAUAAUUAUUACGCUCAUGUCUGAAAGUAAAUCCACUUACCAGCACUUCUAAAGCUCACUAAUUACAUUUUGUUUGUUUAAAUUUCUUGGCUGGGAGCAGUAAAUUCCUGAAGUCUCCACUGGUUUGCAGUCGAGAAAUAGUCCAGCACUUAACAUGUCCAUAAAGCCGCCUUGAAAAAGCUUAAAAAUAAAGCUAUUCCUUGAAAUAACCUUGAGAAACAACAGGUUCAUAUAAAUGAAAGAAAUAUACAACCAGCAGACAUUAUUUUUUAUAAUUCUCCACCUUCUUGCAUCUCUUUACAUUUUCAUGCUCGGUGCUCUUCUUGCACAUCACCUCUCGUCUUGAUGUGACAGCUCAGUCGCACAGCAGUUUGUGAAAUAGUCACGAAAUUGAAUGUAUUGAUUUGUGUACAUAGACACAAAUUUCAAUUUUUUUUUGUGAUAGUCAGUACAAAAUCUUUUUUUGCAUUUGCAUGUAAUCUACG